AUGACGAAUCGGCAAGGGGCAUGCGUGGAGACGGGCGCGCGCAGCGGGAGCUCGAUCGACCAAUGGGAUCCGUCCGCGGCCGGCUCUGGGCUGCUAGCCCGCCCCGUCUCGCUGUGCUCCCGGGCCUCUUUGGUCCUUUUCGUGGUGAUGGUCAUUGACUGGAUCGCCUACAGCGCGACAUACAUCAGCGUCCCCACGAUGAUCCUGAUGGAGAAGUGCGAGGACCUUGGCCUCGCCCCGGGGGAUGAGUGCAAUUCAUCGAAGGAGGCCCAGGCGCAGCAAGCGGCCUUCAUGGCCAUGUUUUCCCUCUGCACUGGUGCCCCCUCCGUCGCCGUGUGCUCGCUGCUGUCGCACCUCUCUGAUGUCAUCGGCAGGAAGCCCAUGUUUCUGUUGGGAAAUCUCCAGGGGGUCCUCAUGUACGGUGUGCUACUGAUUCGAGGAGCAAGGGGCGCUACGACACUCAUUAUGAUUACCGUCAUCAACCUGCUUGGAGGCAUCUACGUCACCGAUGGAGCUAUCUUCGCCUCCGUCGCCGACCUGACCGCGAACAGCAGUGGGCACGACCGUGUUCGCCUCAUGAGCAUCAUCGAGGGGGCGCAGUGGUUCGGCCAGAUCCUCGGCCCACUUAUUGGGGGCCAUGUGUCAACGCUCGUGUCCCCUCAGACGUCUUUUGUCGUUCCGACUACUCUUUACGGCGUCGGCUUGCUGCUCAGCUUGGUGGCAUACCCCGAAACGCUGUCCCACGAACGUCGCGCGACGUUUGAUUUGCAAAAGUCGCAUCCGUUUGGAGUUGUCUCCAUUGCCAGUGGGUACCGACGGUCGCUGACUCUUGCAUCAGGCUUACUGUUCGCACAGUGGGGCCUCGGCACAGGUGUGGCAACGUGGCCAAUGUUCACGAAGCAAAGCUUUGACUGGAAAAACGACCAGAUCGGCAACAUGGAGGCGCUGUACUUCACAGCGAAUGCAAUCGGACUGUUUUUGCUGCUGCCCGGGAUUACCAAUCGCGCCACACCGAAGGUUGUGAUCGCAGCCUCAGCCGCGUGCUCCAUUCUGAUGUGGGGAUGUCAUGUCUUCGUCACCGCAGGCUGGAUGAUGUUUCCCCUCGUGUGCCUCGGCACGUUCUCCGCAAUGCUGUUCCCGCUCAUUCGCGCCGGCAUCGCUACCGACUUCGGCCCGCAGAUGUAUGGAGCCGCGCUCGGCGUCGCGGCACUGGUGCAGCAGACCGCGAAGGUCGGAGUGCUCCCCGCGGUUGGCCUUGCGUGGCAUGCAAUCCUAGGGGACAGCGGACUGCCAGACUACACGGCGUACGUCAUCGUCACCGCGGAGUACGCCGUGGCGUUCCUCAUUUUCCUCUGCGUGCCCAUCCCCGCCUCCGAGGGCGCGGGCUUCCUCCGGAGGGUCUCCUCCGGUGCGGCAGUGGAUUCGGUGCCGGUGGCUUCUUCGGAAGUGGACUUGGUCGGUGUUGAGUCUUUCCCGUCGUCGCGCAGGGGGUCCCAGGCGGCUGCGGCAGAAUCAGACAGGCCGCACUCCUUCCCGCAGACGAGGUCGUAG